CUUCUCUUCCCCUUUUCAUCUCCCUUCCUUCUCCUUCCGUCUUUCUCCAUCCUUGUUUGUUGGAAUUCGGAUAUAUUGAUCUUGUGUGGAUUUGACUGUGCUCCCUCGCUAUCCUGAUCUAUCCUACCUUCGAUCACCCAUCAUGCUCGGCGCGUUUCGCCGAUUCGGCGUCGCCCAUGCGGUGCGCGCUGCGUCCCCUCAGGCCCAGUCCGUCCGCUCGCUUCCUCAACGCGUGCAAUGGCGCUCUCCCUCGAUCGUUGCCAUCCCGAGAAUCGCUUGUUCGUCUUUCCAUUCGUCGUCGACUUUCCUUUCGGCCGCGGCAGAGGCUCAGGCCCAGCCCGAUGUCCUCGAUCCCGCCGUUCCGUCGCGACUCACGCACUUCUCCCAGCUGGCCGAAAAGGGCCUGGUUGAUCCGGAGAUCGUCCGAACUAUUAAUCAGAGGAUGAAGAUUGAGACCAUGACGGAUGUCCAAAGUCUGACCAUCCAGGAUAUCCUGCAAGGUGGCGAUGUCUUGGCGCACGCAAAGACGGGUACCGGAAAGACACUCGGAUUUCUCCUUCCGGUGAUGCAGAGAUUGAUGGAGGAUCCCUCGGUCGCCAGGUCCCCCCGCGGCGCGAUGAGGUCGAGAUCGCGCAACUCUCCUGUCGACAUCCGCUCCAUCAUCAUCUCGCCCACCCGCGAGCUGGCGGAACAGAUUGCCGCGGAAGCCACUAAGCUGGCCUUUGGCACGGGGCUCAAGGUGAAGACCGCCGUCGGUGGCACGCAGAAGAGGGCCGGAUUGCGGGACAUUCAGUACAACGGGUGCCACCUGCUGGUCGGCACCCCGGGCCGCCUGCAGGACAUCCUGUCCGACCCGUCGAGUGGCAUCACCGUGCCCAAGUUGUCGACCCUGGUGCUGGACGAGGCGGAUCGCCUGCUGGAUCAGGGAUUCGCGGAAGAACUCCUGAAGAUUCAGCAACUCCUGCCAGACCCCAGCCAAGUCGACCGCCAGACGCUUCUGUUCUCGGCCACGGUGCCGCGCGAGGUCAUGACCAUGGUCCGUCGCACCAUGAAGCCGAGUUUCAAGUUCAUCAAGACCGUGCGCGAGGAUGAAGUGCCCACCCAUCUCAAGGUGCCCCAGAAGGUGGUCCAUCUGGACAGCUACGUACACGAAUUGCCCGCCCUUCUCGAACUCAUCAAGACCGACAUGGCCCGCGCCCGCGCGGAUCCCACUGCGAUGCCCUUCAAGGCUAUUGUGUACUUCAACACCACGGCCCAGGUCAACCUGGCCUGCGAGGUGUUCAACCACCUCUCUGUCGACGCUGAAGGCUUUGGACCCCACCCGCUAGGCCGGAUGCCCAUCUACGAGAUCCACUCGCGCCUCACGCAGGGCAAGCGUUCGUCCGUGGCCAACUCCUUCCGCGCGGAUAAGGAGGCCAUUCUCUUCUCCUCGGACGUGACGGCCCGCGGCAUGGACUUCCCCAACGUGACCCACGUGCUCCAGAUGGGCGCCCCCCGGGAUGCGGAGACCUACGUUCACCGACUGGGUCGCACGGGUCGCGCGGAUAAAGCGGGCGAGGGCUGGGUCUUCCUCCACCACGGCGAGAGGGGACCCUUUACCAACAAGACUCAGGGCCUCCCGAUCACCAAGGACCGGUCCUUGGUCGCCCCCACCCUUGAAGUCGACCUGAUGGAGGCUGAAAGCGAGAACGCCGACAACGAGGCCCGCAACGUGGGUCUCGAGUCGAUGAGACAGGUGCGCCAGGCCAUGUCCCGUGUCGAUCUCCAAUUGCGAAGCAGCGCGUGGCGCGCCCACAACGCCGUCCUGGGCGGUUCUUUCCCGUCGGUCCGCGCCCGGAUUACAGCCAUGGAGGAACUCGGUCGCCACGGCCAUCUGUUCAAGUCUCUGCCCCGGUUCGAGGACAGUGGCUCGCGCGGCUCGCGCGGCGAGCGGGGUGGCAACCGUCGUUCCCGCGAUGACUCCUCAGCCCGCGGCGGCCUCUCGCGUACCUUUGGCGGCAACAGCCGGAUGAACGGGUCCCGCUACGACUCCGGUUCCAACGAGCGUUCCUACGGCCGCUCUCAAAGACCGUCUGGCUCGCGAUUCGACCAGCGAUCGUCCCGCUACGAUUACUAGAGCGCGCGCCGAUCCUCUCAUCUCACUUAAAGUCCCUAACAGCCACGGCGAGAUAUGAUUCCGCGUGACUCCCAAUAACGAGUUUUCUCGAUUUGCAUCAUUGACGGCGUUGAAUUGUGUUUUAGAAAAAGGAACCAGCCUUCUCUCCCUCUCUUCUCUUUUUUCUUAAUUGAAACGGUUGCGUUUGGCCCAGAGAGUCGAUCUUUCUGCGAACCCUGACGGUGUACAUGUACAUUAUAUUAUGUUUAUGCCCCCCUCCAGCCAGAUAUCUAUGCCAGGUCGACAUUGCUAGCGAUGGUUGCAGAAAUCUUGGCUUGUUAAUUAUUGUAUUUUUUUACUAUAUCUGGGUUUGGAUUGGAUGUUGCUUUUUCUUCUUUAUUAUUUCUUUCUUUUCCGGUGUAUUAUACGAAUCUUAUUAAAUUUUGAUCCUGCUUAUUUACUC